CGCCUUUCUGAGAGGUGUCAUGACCGUGUAAACGCAAUGAAAACAAUGUUUCGGACAACAUUUAGAAUCUUAACUACUUUAGCUGGGGAAGUUAAUCGAAAUGGAUAGCUAAGAGGUCUCGUGGGGGAAAAUAUUUUCGUGAAGGUCCAUUUCUUAGCGGUUCAACAACACAUGGCGUCACAUUCACAUGUCAGCAUCCCCAGCAGCAGCCGACUCACCCCGGCAGCGGGUCACACGCAGCGGCUCCCCAACGACCUCCAGCUGUGCCCGUAACGUCAGCGGGUACCGCGCCGCGGCCCGGCUGCAGCCGCCUCUCCGCCCCCCCGGUGCACAGCCCAACCCGCCCUGCUUUCUGCUCCUCGUCAGCAGCCGGGAGCAACACAGGACCGUCGACGUCCCGUUGCUCCGGGUGGAAGCGGCUCGGACGGCAGGCUGGACCCCAGGCAGAGGCUUUCACCUACCGGAACGCUCUCCAAAGCAGGUGCAGAGCUUCAGGACAGUUUGGACGACGGUCCUGCCUGGGAACGAUCACUGCACCCUACCUCGCUGGCAGUGGCCUUGUGACCCCAUGUGCACAACCCUGCUUGUUUGAAAGAUAAAUCCACACAGUUCUCCAUGUCGAAGUCGGCCCAGAUGCAGCUGUCCAACAUCACAGUGCCAAAGCCGUCUAUCUCCAGGGUGCCCAGCAGCAUGGAGGGCAUCAACCACGAGCUGGAGAAGGUCUUCAUCAAAGAUAACGGAGAGAAGGAGGAGCUCAAAUCCCUGGAGGUCCCCGAUGGGCGGCGGGCGCCCUUCCCUCCCCAGCAGCGCAGCAGCAGCACCCACAGUGUGGACCCCCAGACCCCCAUGGCUCCCGGCCGCUCCAGCAGCUGCUCCAGCCUGUCGCCCUGCCCCUCACCCGCCUGCCUGCCCGGGUCACACGAGGGCAGUCCUUACUCCACAGAGGACCUGCUCUACGACCGGGACAAAGACAGUGGAAGCAGCUCCCCACUGCCCAAGUUUGCCUCCUCUCCCAAACCCAACAACAGCUACAUGUUCAAGCGGGAGCCGCCAGAGGGCUGCGAGAAGAUUAAAGCCUUCGAGGAGAUGAGUUCCAGGCAGUCCACAUCGGCGUCGGCCCCCCUCUUCUCCUGCCCCGACAAGAACAAGGUCAACUUCAUCUCGACGGGCUCGGCAUUCUGCCCCGUCAAGCUCCCCGGCUCCCUGCACCUAAUGCCGGCCUCGGGGCCGCAGGUAGAGGCGACCGGCAGCUCGGCCCCCUGGGGCGCUGCUUCGCUCCAGGAGCCCCCCACUCAGGUCUCCACAAGCACCAGCACAGACACCGCCCCGCCCGGCUCGCCCUCAGAGACUGCAGACCCCCCGACAGACAGCCCGGCCAUCAGCUAGAACGGAGCAGAGCUGGCCUUUGCCCUCCUGAUCCCCCACCACCACCCACAAAACCCUCCCCCUAUGCUUCGCCGAGGGGGGGGGUUGUCUCCAUCUCUCUGUGCUGAUCCCCCCCCCCUCUUCUAUCUCUGCAUGACGUAGCCACAAUGUCCCAAACAAAGCACCGCCGCCACCACCAAGGCUCUCUACGUUCCUGCAUUAUGUCCGAGGUUAAAGGUGAUGAUUGGCAGGCAUCGGAGGGAAGAAACAGAGGGGGUGGGGGGGGCAUGCAUUUUAAAAUUGGUAGUAUAUUUCUGAUUAAAUUAUGUGUUGUGUUCUGUUUCAACAUUCGCAGUAUGAAUAAGCUCUUCUAAUCAUAUAUUAUAUACACAUAUAUCAUCUCUAUGAAAAGAAAAAAAAAUUGCUUGUGUAAAAAAAAAAAAAGAUCCCUGACUGUGCAUUGCUGUGUUUAAGUAGCUGUACUAUUCAGGAUUAUGUUUACACUGUCCAGGUCACAUUGUCAAACCCUGUCUAAAAAAUGCAAUGAGAAAAUAAUUUGGGCAAAGGAAAAAAAAAAGGCCUCAAAUUGGUUGCACAGUUUCUGCAUCUGGCCUUCAGGUAUUUCCCAAUCAGAGUCUAUACUCAGGUACAUUUGGAAUAUAAGUCCAUACGAAUAUCUGCAGCCUGACGAAGCAGAUCAUAUUCACCGUCAUUGAUUUAGUCUCGAUCCCAAACGAAUCAUUGCUUUCAUCAUUGCUGACAGAGACUGAAUGUGUUGCCGGGGAACCAGAAGAGGACGGGUCAGUCGUACUGUCACGCAGAUACAGUCACUCCAAAGCAGUUGGUGCAGAUUGGAGAUGAAGUUGUACGUUUAUUCUGAGAUCAAAUUCAUUUAGUGUGUGAGUAUUUAAAAAGCAGCAACAUGACAUUGUUUGAUGAGAAUCUGUGUAAUUCUAAAGGAUGUUUUCCAUCUGAAAAAUCUCUAGUGCUCCAUGAGCAAACAUUUAUUUUUUUGGGCAGUUAAAUGGAGCGGGAGACGCAUCAGGGAUGUUACUUCCAAAAUAGAACAAACAACCCGAAAGGGAAAAAGUCAUCCAGAAGCUAAAAGGUCCAAUGUGUUGGUGGUGGUGACCAAACUCAAGCCUAAAGGGAGAGUGAAUAGUGGACUCUGCGUCUUCGCCCUGUAGCAAUGAGCCUUUGUUUGAUUAGGUAAAGGUGAAUAAUAUGUGUAAAUGUCUUUAAAUCAUAAACCGCAAAUAAAAUAAUUACAUGUCAAGCAUAGUGCAAACGUGUCCAGACAGUAUUAAAUGAUUGGGUCAACAGACACCGUAGCAUUUCUCACUUGGUAAAGGACAGUAGGUGUUACUGCACGGUUUGCACAAACUAAAACCAGUAAAGCCAUACAAGAUAUAGUGUCUCAACUCCAAUCUGCAUAGCCAAACUGUUUCAAGUAUCCACAUCCCUUUUAUUCCAUUACAAUACGAGACGUAAAUAGAUUCAUGUUGCUCCAUUCCGAAAAUAUCUUUUUUUUGAUUGCAGUCAGAAGCGAACUAGUGAUGUGGAGACACGGAUAAAAGCAGCACACUGGCCUGCCUCCCUCCCCCUGUGUGUGUGAAGCCCUCGCGCCGUGUUCCACCACUCACCUUUAUCUCUGGAUCUGUGGUGCUCCUCGAGUCUCCCUUUCAUAUGUUCUAUAUAUAUAUAACUUUAAGAAGGCUCGAUGCAGUGUUGUGGUUUCUCGUGGCGUUUCAGCACCUUUCCAAGAGCUAUUGCUUUUCUAGUGUCCCACAUAUACUUGGCACUGGCAAACUAACUAGGAUUUAAAAGAAAAACAAGCAUCUCAUCUUGCAUUCCCACACUGAUAGAAUACCAGCACCGACACAUUCCCAGCAGGUCAGCGUGUCCAUCAGCUCCCCAGCGAGUGUCCCUGUGUCCCCCGCAGAGUUUAAGUUCAUGCACAAUGGCAAUAAAUCAAUCAAUGAACAAUG